UUCCAACUACGCACAAUUACUAGUUCAAUUUACGUCGGUAAAGAGGGCGGGGGAAGAGGGGCGAAGCAGAAACGGCCGUUGACGUGACGCAUACGACAAUUGUUUAUUAUCAUCCUUAUUUAAUCGUAAUUGUCGUCUAAUAUACAUGCAGUUAUAAGCGAAGGAAGUCUCUCGGCUUUUUGCAAGCAUAAAUUGUGUUUUUUUCCAGUUCACUUUGGUGUCAAACGUUACAACUAGCCAACAUUAACGAAAUAACGUUACAGCGGAGAGGAGUUUGUUUUCGCCAAUAUGAGAGGGAGUUCCUCCUAUGGGGACAGAGACAGGGACCGUGGACGGGACAGGCCACGGUUUGGAGCCAUGAGUGGUCGCAGUGGCCCCCCACCCAUGAAGUUUGGGAAUCCAGGGGAACAUCUCCGCAAGAAGAGGUGGAACAUGGACGAGCUGCCAAAGUUUGAGAAGAACUUCUACACUGAACAUCCUGAUAUCCAACGCAUGAGUCAGUAUGAAUUGGAAGAGUUUAGCAGAAAGAAGGAGAUCACCAUCAGAGGCUCUGGCUGUCCAAAGGCGAUCACUGCUUUUCACCAGGCGCAGUUUCCACAAUAUGUGAUUGAUGUGCUGAUGCAGCAGAACUUCAAGGAACCCACAGCGAUCCAGUCUCAGGGUUUCCCUGUGGCCCUGAGUGGCAGGGACAUGGUGGGGAUUGCACAGACCGGCUCUGGAAAGACACUGGCUUAUCUUCUUCCUGCUAUUGUGCACAUCAAUCAUCAGCCUUAUCUAGAGAGAGGAGAUGGUCCAAUUUGUCUGGUGCUGGCCCCAACCAGAGAGCUGGCCCAGCAGGUUCAGCAGGUGGCAUAUGACUAUGGCAAGUCUUCUCGAAUCAAAAGCACCUGUGUCUAUGGUGGAGCACCCAAAGGGCCGCAGAUUCGAGACCUUGAGAGGGGUGUUGAGAUCUGCAUUGCCACACCUGGUCGCCUCAUUGACUUCUUGGAGGCAGGGAAGACUAACCUGCGUCGCUGCACCUACCUAGUGCUGGAUGAGGCUGAUCGCAUGCUGGACAUGGGCUUUGAACCGCAGAUUCGCAAGAUAGUUGAACAGAUCAGGCCUGACAGACAGACCCUGAUGUGGAGCGCAACCUGGCCGAAGGAGGUUCGGCAGCUUGCUGAAGACUUUCUGAGGGACUAUGUCCAGAUAAACGUUGGUGCCCUGGAGCUCAGUGCAAACCACAACAUCCUGCAGAUUGUUGAUGUCUGCAUGGAGAACGAAAAGGACCACAAACUUCUGCAGCUGAUGGAGGAGAUUAUGGCAGAAAAGGAGAACAAAACCAUCAUCUUUGUGGAGACCAAGAAACGUUGUGAUGAUCUGACAAGGAAGAUGAGGAGGGAUGGGUGGCCAGCAAUGUGUAUCCAUGGAGACAAGAGCCAGCCAGAAAGAGACUGGGUACUCACAGAAUUCCGAAGUGGCAAAGCUCCCAUUCUGAUUGCCACUGAUGUUGCCUCUCGUGGUCUGGAUGUGGAAGAUGUCAAGUUCGUCAUCAACUAUGACUAUCCCAGCUCCUCUGAGGAUUACGUCCAUCGUAUUGGACGUACAGCCCGCAGUACCAACAAGGGCACUGCCUACACCUUCUUCACCCCAGGGAACUUGCGGCAGGCUCGGGACCUUGUCCGAGUGUUGGAGGAGGCCCGGCAGGCCAUCAAUCCUAAACUGCUUCAGCUUGUGGAUUCGGUCCGCAGUGGAGGAGGCGGUGGCAGAAUGCGUUACCGUGGCAACAACUCCACCAACCCUAACCUAAUGUACCAGGAAGAGUGUGAUCGCCGCAUGCGCUCUGCUAGAGGCAGCAGCAAAGACAGCCGCAGUGGCUUCAGCCGCGACAGCCACAACAACCGUGAUGGAGACCGCUCCUCUUCUUCUUCCUCUUCCUCCUACAGGGACAGAAGCCGGGAUCACAAGGGCAGCUACAACUCCGGCUCAGAUCACUACCAGGGCUAUAGUAGCAGCGGGAGCUACAACUCCCGCAGCGGAGCACAGUCCAGUGCCGGUGGAGGUCAGGAUCAGCCUAGCCAGCCGCAGGGCCAGUUUGGUCAGCCUCCUCCACCUCCACCAUCAGGGGGGCAACUGCAUCUGAUGGCUCAGCAGUUUGCUCCACCACAGCCUCCAUUAAUGGGCUUCAUAGCACAACCACCAUACUCCUUUGCCUCUCCUCCCCCUCAUCCUCCUGGUCCGCCACCUCCCCGGAAGUAGAAAAGCAGAGUUAACUUGUAAUAGUUAGUGUGUAAUUUUUAAUUUUUGCUCUCCAACUCAACUCAAAGAGGCUGGAGAAUGAACAGGGAAUUAUCUGAGGAGGUAAGGGCUUAUAUUUUCUAUUUGUUUCAUAUUUUUAAUACAGCCUACAUGUGUGGAACUUAACUUAUCCUCUAGAAAUGGAAAAGGAAACCCUGAACAUCAACCAUUCAUUUUUCAUCUUUUUUUCUUUGCGUUCCAAGUUUCUCUCAAAUAUGACACAUUUAGGAACAAGUGUCCUGUGUUUUCAUUUCAGUCAAACACUACAGCAGUGGAUUUGACAAUCCUGCUUCAUGUAGUUUAUCAGCUGUUUUAGGAUUUGGUCAGAAUGAAAAGUAGCUUACAUCCAAUGACACGUCAAUGGUUUGUGGUUUAGAGUACUGGUCUAUGGGGGAAAAAGUAAAUGAUUUCUAACAGGGACCAUAUUAUAUAUUAUUAGUUUUUGUUUUGAUUUGGGGUUUGUGUGUUAUCUUAAACACUGAAGCAGUGCAUUGUAAUGGACUGUCAUACUAGGUUUUGAUAUAAUGGAAAUAUGCAUGUUUUUACUUUUCUCUAUCUUGUAGCAAGUAAAAACAUUUGUUUUUGUUUACUUCUAACUGAUUUAAUAAGCAGAUCAGUUGAUACAAACUCAUUUUAAAGGCUCUGCACACCCACAAGAGUGUUUUCACUUAUUCAGGGUAAUUUCACGUCUGCCCAGGUUGUAGUUGAACCAGAAUAAAUAAUAAUAAAGGGGUAAUAUCUUAGCCCACACAGGUGCAACCAAGUUAACAUGCCAGUCAAGCCCAGAGUGUACAUACCCACACAGUCUUCAGAAAAUGUCUCAUUCGGCAAAAUAAGUGUAAAUACCUGUGUGGGUGUACUGAGCAUGUGUUGAGCCUUCAAUGCAGAUCUCUGACUUAAUUGCAAGUCGAUGCUUGUUUGUUCUCUUUUACUCAUUGUUUUCUUUUUACAGUGCUGUAUUUCUCAAUAAAGAGCAAUUGAAGUAAAGCUGUAUUCUCUAUUGAUUCACCGGAUGAAUUCCUCAUACAAAUACCUUUAUUUGCAUAAAGACACAUUUGUAAUACAUUCUCAUUUUAUACCCAGUGGCAUGUACUUGCACUUUGCUACUUUUGGAAAAUAUACAUAUGGCAUGAAGCUUUUAUUUACUGUCAGAGCACAAAUAAAGAGAGAAAAAGUAUUAAUUUAUAAAUGUGGAUCCAGUCUUGUCAAUUAAACCAGGUUCAGCCUGAUAUACAGAUUUUUAAUCUGGACAAGGGUGACGGCAUUGCACAGUGUUUGAUCAUGUGUGAACGACCUCUUGCAGUGACUGCAUAGAUGUUAUUUAAAUCAAAGACAGUGGAGGAAUUUGUUCCUGUAACUGCUUUUUUAAGGGCACCUUAAUGAAAACUAAACCCAGACAUUAAACGGGAAGGCUACAAUACAAAGGCCACCUGUCUCAUGUUUCAAGCACAUAACACUUUUCCUGGUGCGAUAGCAGGUAGCUCAGGCGCAGUCAGUGAAUCUGUCUGUAUGAUAUUAUGUGGAUCCCAAAUCACAGAUGACUCGCUGAGUUAAUUCUUUAAACCAGGACCACUGUCAAGUCAACAAGAGCAAGCUUUAGUCACAAUCAUUACAACCACUCCAGUCAAAGAAUGUGCUGCUUUCCAUGUCACACUUGUAUUGAUGAAGAAGAUGAAGCCUGUAAUUAUCCUAAUCUGAAUCUGACCAUGUUGUCAAACCUGUUACCUGCUCAAUGCAUAAUUUACAGUGAAUCAUGGGAACAUUCAUUCAUUUACAAUCUGCUUGGGCCAGGAAGGACCGAAGGAUUUUUUUUUUUUUGUCUCAUGAUUGCUUUCUUUCCUCCUGCCAAUCCUGACAAGUUAGUGAUGUAAAUGUAUCCAUAAAUAAAUAAAUCUUACGUCUCUACAGAACUGAAAUAGCUGAUUUAUAGUAUGUACUAAACAGUCUAUCAGAAUGGUUAAUGGUUCUGUCUGAUGACUGUUUAUUGACGUAGGUUUAUGUACCACAUAUUUAACACUUGCUUUCAAGUAGAUGUAUAACUGAAUCAAUAUUACUCAGUGGAUCAUUCUUAAAUUGAUCCCUCAUGCUAUUUAAAACUUAAUAUCACUGGUUCUCCAGCUUUAUCCCUACUGUAGUUACACAAUGGCACUGCUCACGUGGCUCAGUCUGCCUCCAAUUCCUUUAUUUUAGUCUGUAUAAUUUAAGAAGUGAUCAUAGACCCGUGCUCCAGAUUAACUCAAUGAACAUGGAUUUUUACAGUUAUUCCAUCAUUUGAUGCAUCAUUUGUUUCACAAAGUCUUUUCUGAUAAGGACAUGAACAUAUUAAAGCAGAAAAAAAAGAUUAGGUCAUUUGUUUACAUACAGUAUAUGUACAAAGCAAAAGGAAAUUAAGAGUUUCAUCUCAGGCACAUGUGGUAGAAUCAAAUCGGAUGUCAGCAAUGUCAACUGAGGACUUCUGGUCCACUCUUUGGGUCAAUCGACAGCAGAAAGGCAGCAAAUGAGAAAAGACAAACAUACUAUGAAAGGGAAUGUCUCGUGCAAAAUUUAAACAAAAUAAGUGCAUGAUAGUUCACGUUGUGUAAAAUAAAUCAUAAUCCUGAGUGAAACAUAAUGUAGAAAAGUGUUACAAAUCUUUUGAAAAAAAAAAAAGAAUAAACAA